AUGUCUCAAACCGCCAAGUCCGCUUCCGGCCAGGGCGCCGACGCCAAGGACAACAAGGGAGGAGCGCCAGCCGCCUCUAGCAAGGCCACCAAGACCGGCGAGCCCAGCCUUGGGACCUUCAAGCUGACGCUGUUCGACCAGGAGAACUUCCAGGGCCGCUCACUGGAGUUGGAGAGUGAAUGCUUGGACGUCUGCGAGAAAGGCCUGGAGCGAGUGCGCAGUAUCAUCGUGGAAAGCGGCCCCUUCGUUGCCUUCGAGCAGACCAAUCUCCGAGGGGAGAUGUUCAUCUUGGAGAAGGGAGAGUAUCCUCGCUGGGACACCUGGAGCAACUCAUACCGCAGCGACUGCCUCAUGUCACUCAGGCCCAUCAACAUGGACAGCUCGGAGGCCAAAAUCUGCUUGCACGAGCUAUCUGACUUCAAGGGCAACAAGAUGGAGAUCCAGGAGGACGACGUGCCCACCCUGUGGGCGCACGGCUUCGGCGACCGAGUGGGCAGCGUGAAGGUCCCGGGCGGAACGUGGGUGGGCUACCAGUACCCGGGGUACCGAGGCUACCAGUACCUGCUGGAGAGCGGCGACUACCGGCGCUGCGAAGACUUCUCGGCCGUCCAGCCUCAGAUCCAGUCGGUACGGCGCAUCCGCGACUCGCAGUUCCACCAGAGGGGGUCCCUGGCCCUGGCGCCCGCCGCCGGCACCAAGUGA